GUCGUACUUUAGACGCGAAGCCUAUUUUUAUUCGCCGCUAACGUCACGCGCGAUUCGUGUCACGGCCUUCACAGUGCACGACGUUUCGAUUCGUUCUUUCGCGCCCGCUCGUCCGCGCGAGAGGCGAUUGUCACGCGCGCAAUCGCUGCCGUCGCGACUGCUUCGCGGUGUUCGCGAGUCGCCAGCGAACGCGCGAGCGUUACAGUCCGAGUGUGCGGGGAACUGUCUCUUACACGACCUGUUCGCGACGCGACCGCGGGCCCCGCGACUUGGGUGAAAGCCCACGUGGCCCGACCCCGCCGCCACGGUGUGACAGCAGUAGGUGUCCGACAGUGCGCGACGAACGACGCUCGACGUGUUGUUUCUCUUGCAGAUCGCGUUCUCAUAUUUGACACAUUCAGCAGAAUGGAUUGCAGCUCGCACACUCUGGAGUAACUCAUUCAUUUCCAUCGGAGACGAAUGCUUACGUUUCCUGUAGUAGUAGGGUCGGUACUACUCUUCGAGGUAUUAGUUAUCGUGCGUUAAGAUGAACUGGAUAAACAAUAUGGCUCAUUACGAAAGCGAAAGCUCUCUGCAUUCUCCAUUUUUGGGACUGUCGGUCGAUUCAGCUCCUUUCGUUGUCUCCAUGUCGACGCCUCCCACGCCAACGACAAUGUGUCCUGUCAGUCCAGUCAGUCCUGUCAGUCCAGUCAGUGUCACUGCCACUGCCAGUCCUACCUACGUGUCGAACACUACAACACCUGAAACCGCUACCUCCUCGACACCGUCUUCGUCGGAUUCCCGUAUACCAAGGCCGUCGCCGACAGCCCUGCAUCGUUCUGCCAGCUUGCGCGUGCGCGGCGAACGAGUCUCACCACAUUAUAUGCGAGCUACUACCGCGACCAACACUCUGGUCGGCCACCAACACCACUACCGUCGUCACAACUACCUCCUGCAGUCGCAGCAACAGCAUCAACAUCCGGACCAUCGUAUCUUCCCUGUCAUCACGGAGAAUGGAACCGACUCGCCGCGACAACGAUCUCUCAGUCUCUCACUGACACCGGCGAGGCCGCGGCCAGGUCACGCGGCCUCUGGAGGAACGACAACGGGGGGCGUCGACGACAGUGAUGCCGAGAGCGUGAAAAGUUACGGUAGUGCUUGCAGCACUGCAAGCGCUUGCGAGCACGCUUCCUUCGCGUUGAACGGCACCACCUGGUCUGGCCGAUCGCGAAAAUAUGUCGUGCAUUGUUCGAAUCAUAAUGAUAACGAGCAGUACCUCACACCCACACAGAGAGCAGCUAGACAAAUAAGAAAGUUUCAGGCCUUGUUGAAGGAGGCACGUAAGGAAAUCGAGGAGAAGGACCGUGAGAUCUUGCGUUUAACAAAGGAGGUCGUGGAGUUGCGGUUGUACAAGGCUUCUCUGAACAGCCCAGAUGAGCGGACAGAUAGCAGCGAUGCUCUUACUGUGCGCGAGAAUAAUCCCUUCUCGCCAGAUUCACCGAGCAAGGACCUUCCCGACGAAGGCGUCGGGGAGAAGGUCGCUAGUCCGGACACUCCGGAGAAGCGCGUAAACACCGAUCUCCCGCCGUCGUUAUCCGAUUCCGGCCACUUCGAAGAUGGUUCCGUCCAUUCGAAAGAAUCCAUGUGCUUACCUGAGGCACAGCCACCUGACAUCGCCACCGGUAGAUCGAUAGUUGUUAGCACAGUAUCUGACAACACUACCAUCGAUUCAGUUUCUGUACCGACGGCAAGCACAAACCGAGAUGAAGAGAGGCGUCGACUAGUUAAUCAUUACGAGAAUAGAAUCGAAGAUAUGCAUAGACGGCACGUCGAUGACUUGCAAGAACUCAAACAGAAGCACAACGAUAAGGUGGAGAGCUUGCUGAAUCAAUUGUCUGAGGUCAACACCCGUUACUGCGAGGUGCGACCGGCCAUGGAUAUCGCGGAGGCUCGAACACGCGAAUUAGAAGCGGAACUAGAGGCUGUGAAAACUGAACUGAACGAGCAGAAGACUUUAUUUAACGAGCAGGAAGAAAGAAAUAAGCAAAUGUACCUGAAAAUGUAUACCAAAGGUCAAGAAGCCGCGCGCAUUGAACAGGCUGAUCAGAUAUUCGUGCAAGCCCACCAAUCACCGCCUAAAGUCACUGUCGCAGAACUCCUUCAGCAAUUAACCGUCACGCAAGCAGAAUUAGAAAAUAUUAAGGACACAAGCUACUCGCCUGAACCUCACAUUUCAGCCGAACAUAGCCACAGUUUGUUAAGCGCUCAGGAGGCUGUUUCUCUCUGGGUCCUUGGCACACGUAAGGCAAUGUAUCGGCGUAUCGUGGAGGCGAGAAGCAGUCAGGGUAUUCUCGAUCCAGAAAUUACUCUGCAGUUCCUAAAGUCGGCGAUCUACUAUUUCCUAACCGAUAAGGAGAAUCAUCACGGCCACUUAAAUGCUAUUGAAAGUAUCCUGGGCUUCACGGAGGCGGAAAAGCACAACAUCGAUAGACUUUAUCGAUCGACUAGAAAGUAACGUUUUCGAAAAGCCUUCAAUAUUAUAUCAUUGCUGACGAGUGGUGUUAGGUUUAUUUGAUUUAAUACCUGAAUUCCAAAAUACUUAUUUUAAUUAUUUACUCUUUAAAGGAAAAGAGAAAUAGUUUUGUGUUUAAAAAACAUGUAUAAACUUUAUGAGCAUCUUUUUAUAAACAAAAUAACAGAAUUUAUGAUAAACGAUGAUAGAGAAUUUGUAUAUUUAUCUGACUGCGAGGAAUACAUUAUUUUUUAACAGUAGUAAUUUCUGUUUUGAUUUUCAGUGCUCAUGAAGUUUAUAUAAAAUGUUUUAUAUAAAGUUUAUUUUCCAUUAAUUUUUAUUUAUUCACAUUGCAUUUAAAGGAAGAAAAAAUAUAGAAUACUUAAAAUAUGAAGCAAUUUAUUAUAAAUUAAACAUUCAGAAUGUAUUUCGUUACAUUUUAUAUCUCGGACACCAUACGUCACCAUACUUAUAUUAGGCGGCUACUGGUUAGCUGGCAAUUUUAUGAAAAUUAGAUUUAAUAGUUCUGGGAUUUAACACUAUAAAUGAUAAACAUACAGCUUGAAAAGAUUGCAGGAGAUUUAAUCAUGGCUGUGUGUAAUUUUAAUGCUCUACAAUGGCCAUGUAUUACAAAUAUAACUGUACGCAUCUUACGCGAUUUAAAUGCUCUGAAUUAGUUCGUAUAAAUAUUCUAGUUAAAAACGUGAAAAAAUAUAUUGUCUAGUUAUUGCAAAUCACUCUUUUAACGAUUAUUAUGCAUUCAACUUAUAUAUCACAACAACUAUGUGAAACGUUUGAGAAUUGAGCAAAAAAUAUGUGAUACAGACGAAGUAUUAUUGAAGAAAAGGAUUUAAAUCGAUCUUGAAAGAAUUUAGCAUUAUAUUAUUUGAAAUGCAUGCCCAUCCUUGUACGAAUAACAGUUGAGUAUAUAUGUAUAUCUUUCUUGUUAUCACGUGAAUCCCCGAACAUAGAUCAAAUUUAUUUAUAUAUUUCCUUAUAAAUAAUAUAUAUACAUGCAUGUAUAUGUUUGUAUGUAUGUAUGUAUAUAUACUUAUAUGUAUAUACGCUUUGUUCAAAUAUAUAUGUGUAUAUAUAUGCAUAUAUAUAUAUAUAUAUAUAUAUAUAUAUAUAUAUAUAUAAUGUUAAAUAGAUUUAUAUAUAUUUACUUGUAGUUCAAGUAUACAUAUACUUGUUGAAGAGAAUAUAUGCAUUAUAUACUUGUGUGUAUAUAUAUAUACACACAUACAUACAUACAUACAUACAUAUAUACAUACAUACACAAGUGCAUAUAUAUGUAGAAUAGUUCAGAGUUUUUAUAUACUCUCCCAACUUUUAAGUAAUAUACAAACAAGCGAUUGAGAUAAAUUUGAACAUGAUCGUCAGAUAUCGAUACUGUUGAAAAAAAAUUAUUUGAUUGUAUCUCUGCAAAAGAGAACACAUGAUAACUCUGAACCUUUCCCAUAUAUACUAUCUAUAUCAAAGUCUGGUGACAUGAUGUCCAGAUAAGAUAACAAUAUGGAGACUGAAGGAUAUAUCUUGCCUUUUUACCCGCUUGUAACUUCAAAUUAAGUAGAUCUCGUGAAGGGAUAUUCAAGUGCAACUAUUAGUGAAUCAAUCUAAGCACACUUCCUAUAUGUCUCAUCAUUACAUACAAUUAUAAUUGUUUACUUCUUAUGAGAAAUACUUUUAUCUAUUUAAAUUAAUACCAAAGAAUAGACGCUCUGUCAAUUAUUGCAUGAAUAUUUGGUUAUGAUUAGGAUUAAUGCUUGGCACCAACUAUUGGCUUGAAUUUAUUUUCAUUAUAUAUUGAGGUUUUUAAUAUUAUACAUUAACAAUAACAUUUUACGAUAAAUUCGGAUACAGAUAAGUUUUAUCCUUUUAAAUUAUUACAUAUUAGAGCACUUCAUGUAAUUAACAUGAGGAUGGGAAAUUUUUAGUAUUAGAACGUUUUGAAGAAUAAUUUAAUAUGAUUAUAAGCUAAAGAAAUUGUAUAAGGUGCCAAUAAUAGAAAUGUGAACAUUCAUACUACAUACAGAUCGCUUCUCGAAGCAAUGCUCUCCUACUAAAUGUUUUAUAAAUAAAAGAAUAGAAUGAUUGAUAGUAUCUACUAUAUCAAAAAUACGUCCAAUAUCAAGAAGUAUAUAAUUUCAUACAAUACCUAAGCAAUCAUAUUUCUAACCAAGAACCUUCAUAUUUAUUUUUUAAUGAAGUUCCUUUUGCGAAUGUUAUGAUGCUAGGCCUAUAUGUAAGCUAUAUUGUAAUUAAUAAAACUCGAAUAAGUCAUUCCAUUGGAAACAAGAUAAUUAUUACAGUGCAAGGACAAGAAUGUUAAAAGUAAGCGUUUGUCACUAUUCAAACGGAUACCUGUGUGAUUUUAUUGAAACAGUAUUCUUGUGAAUUUAAUAAUUGUGUACAGCGCAAUGAAUUUCCUAUAAUUUUAUUUGUUCCUUCUUUUUUUUGUAUAUAUCAUAGUGAGGAACAUUAUAUCUUAAUUCAUCCUCACUGUAUAGAUGUUCUGGUUACUGUAAACAAUAUAAGAGGAUUGGAAUAAAAAUUCAGCAUAUUUAA